AUGCAGGCCCAGCCGCAAGUCAACGUUUCGGUGAAUGUCGGUGCUCCUGCAAUGGUCUCUGGCCAGCCACCGCAGUAUCCCCCGGGUCCCUGGCAGGCCAGUCUCUUCGGAUGCUGUGCCAACCCAAUCAAAGCCAUUUUCUACUGCUGUUGCCCGUGCGUGGUUACCUACGAGAUGAUCGAGCGAGCCGCCCCCUUCGAGCUCGCUGGGUUGGGGCUCGAGGUCAAAAAGGAGUUUGCGCUCCCCUACACCUUGGCCAUGUACUUGAUCGGCGGAGGCACGGCUGGAACAAUUCUCUUCAUCUUGAGCAUCCUGAUCUUUAUGGGUAUCAAAGCGAAGUACCGCAUCACGGAGAGCUUGCCAGUCACGCUGGUCAAAGCCGUGUGUUGCAUCUGCUGCUUCCAGGUCCAGAUCCUACGACAUGCCGAUGCCGUUGAGGGCCUUGUGGGUGCACCAGUGGGGGUGUAUGGAUGA